UUUUAUAUAGAUGCAUGUAACGAUGCUUAUCUCUGUCUUUAAUAAGACCCAAAUUGUAAAAAGUCAUCCAUGGCUCGGUUUUCUGCUUGUCAAUGACUCUUAUUUUAACAACUGGAGCUAAAUUAUCUAAUACAUUUGUAAAUAUAUGUUAAAAUGGACCAAGAUCCAUUGACACAUUCACAAUUUAAACAAAUACUCCCGUCUACACCAGACAAAAGUACUAAACAAAUAUUCCCGUCUACACCAGACAAAAGUACUAAACAAACACUCCCGUCUACACCAGACAAAAGUACUAAACAAACACUCCCGUCUACACCAGACAAAAGUACUAAACAAAUACCCCCGUCUACACCAGACAAAAGUACUAAACAAAUACUCCCGUCUACACCAGACAAAAGUACUAAACAAAUACCCCGUCUACACCAGACAAAAGUACUAAACAAAUACUCCCGUCUACACCAGACAAAAGUACUAAACAAGCACUCCCGUCUACACCAGACAAAAGUACUAAACAAAUACUCCCGUCUACACCAGACAAACGUACUAAACAAAUACUCCCGUCUACAUCAGACAAAAGUACUAAACAAAUACUCCCGUCUACACCAGACAAAAGUACUAAACAAAUACCCCGUCUACACCAGACAAAAGUACUAAACAAAUACUCCCGUCUACACCAGACAAAAGUACUAAACAAACACUCCCGUCUACACCAGACAAAAGUACUAAACAAAUACCCCGUCUACACCAGACAAAAGUACUAAACAAAUACUCCCGUCUACAUCAGACAAAAGUACUAAACAAAUACUCCCGUCUACACCAGACAAAAGUACUAAACAAAUACUCCCGUCUACACCAGACAAAAGUACUAAACAAACACUCCCGUCUACACCAGACAAAAGUACUAAACAAAUACUCCCGUCUACACCAGACAAAAGUACUAAACAAAUACCCCCGUCUACACCAGACAAAAGUACUAAACAAAUACUCCCGUCUACACCAGACAAAAGUACUAAACAAACACUCCCGUCUACACCAGACAAAAGUACUAAACAAAUACUCCCGUCUACACCAGACAAAAGUACUAAACAAAUACUCCCGUCUACACCAGACAAAAGUACUAAACAAAUACUCCCGUCUACACCAGACAAAAGUACCUGAAUCAAAAGAAUUAUGGUGUGACCCUUAAAAGUACCUGAAUCAACAGAAUUAUGGUGUGACCCUUAAAAGUACCUCUGGAUACUUUCCUAGUACUUUCCUUGUACAAAAAGUUGAAUAAGGAUAAUUUAUACCGCUGGUGCUAACAUUUUUUUAAAUUAAAUUCUAUAAAAUAUGAUCAAUAUAUUGACUCCGUGUUACCAGUAACUCUUGUUGGUUGAGACAAUAUAAGUUUACAAUGUUCAAAUAAUGCUUAUAGAAAGGGUAUGGUUCUUGCUAGCUAAACAAAUGUUAAAAUAACCCAAAAUAAUGGUUUCACAGUCAGUUCAUAAUUUACAGGGGUCUUCCAAGAGGUCGAUAUUUAAAGCAAGACUGGGUGUGAGACAACUACAAUUGGAUUGAUUUUGGUAAAUAAAUUUCUCGGCAGAGAGCCUAUAUCAUCGUCAAUAUAUGCUCUUCUUGCAAACAGACACCGCCUCCUGAUCUGUUUCGGCCCUUAGAUGUACAUAAGGGAAACAUAAUGAAUGAGAAAAGAAACUUAAGAAUAAAAAUCCGUUGGUAACAGAAGACUUUAAUAAUACUUUAUUUAGAGAAGGUGAUCCGAUUAUUGCUUUAUACGAUUUUCCCCUGGAAAUACAUUACAUAUAUACGAAACAUUACAAAGCACAUAACACAAAUUGAUAUUGUAUCUGCACAUAUACACAUUUCAUUCACAUACAUACAUAUACAAGUGAUGUUAAACAAUAUGAAUACGGAGGAUGCUUUUAAAAGAAGUCAUUAAAAUAUAUAACAAAACUGUUGGGCACGGCAAAGGACAGAAACUGUUUCGAAAAGGAAAUAUUCAAGGAUCAUCACGAUCAUGCUUUUAAUGAGUUUUUUAUUUUCACUUAUCGUUUAAAGAUUUACAAGGAUGGUGACAGUUUCACAUUUAAAGGUAGAUUAUAUAGAUAUUGCUUGUAGUUGAGGGUAACAUUAAAAUUUUCACCCCGAGAAAACCAUUGUCAACCGAGUAGUAGCGUUUCUCGAGGGGUGAAAAUUUUAAAUAUUACCCUCAACUACAUGCAAUAUUUGUUUUAUUAUACUGAAUGUUAUACAAACAGCAAAGCAGAACAACUUACGUCUGUUGACAUUUGAUCAAUCACUGUCAUGCGAUAUUUCUAUUAUCGAUGCGGGUAUUGGCGUUUAUUACAAACGCUCAAACGACGUUGUCUAACAAUUUACAGCGAACCGUGCGCGCAUAAAUUUGACGCAUGUGAUAAUACUUAUAAAUAAUAUCACCCGUUGCCAAGUACUGUGACCCAUUGCUAGAUACUAUCACCCUGGAGCGCGUGCUCUCUGUUCUCAAAGGGUAACAAUAUGUUUUUUCAAAUGCUUUUCGACCAAUCGGAUUCGAGUAUUUUACAUGAAAGUAUAACAAUAUUGUAUACUGUGUCGUUAGUGUACACCUCUGUACUGAGAAGAAUUUGUAUACGUAUUUGUGCAGUGUUUUGAUACAUGAAUAUCAUCAUUAAGUGUGUGUAAGUUUCAGAACUAUCACUUAUCACAUAAUCAAUAAUCAUUCUGCUAACAUCAGCUGUUGCAGAACGUUAAUGCAAAUUUUGUUUCAAUAGGGCUUAACAAAGUCUUCUUAGUUUUUUGAGAUAUUAAAAAAAAUCUUUUGAUCCUUUUCGGAUGGCAUCUAAAACUUGAUAUCGUCGAAUCAAGAUUUUAUCAUUAUUUACAAAUUUUGUUGUAUAUAUGUCUCUAUAAAUCAUUUUUGUUUAUAAAGAUAUUGACAAAAAUUUCAGUAAAACUUGCGCUUGUUUAGCCUUACUGAGUUCCGGCGCUUGUUUAGCCUUACUGAGUUCCGGCGCUUGUUUAGCCUUACUGAGCUAGUCAUCCAAUAUUUCUACGAGAAUAUGACACACUGAACAUAGAUGUCGGAAUCGAAUUCAAAGUAGUGGAGGGGACAAAGGAAGCAUGGAGGUGGUUAAAAUCCGUGACAAAAAAACACCCUUUGACACCCCCGAAACUUGCAUAAAAAUGUAUGCAGGAAAAUUUACAUUUCAAGUCUGCUAAACAUCACACUGGGAUGGUAUUCUCUUCCCUGCAAACAGUGAUUAAGACAAACUCCUCUGUACUCCGUUGUCACUCAAAAUUUCAAAACAUUUGCAUAUACAUGUAUUAUACGUGUACUUCUAAUGAAUACAAUAGGAAACUUUUAGUGUGUCAUUCAGAAACUGCCAAUAGUUUAUGACGUAUGUCCACACAUAUGUAUGUACUUACGCAAUGUAUGCGUGUCCACAUUACUCUUAAUCACACCAUCGAACGUGUCGUAUAGAUAUAAUGUAUCUAUUUUCCUGGUUAUAAGUACGCUCACACAAAACAGGAUGCAGGGAUUCUCUCACUUCCUGAUUGUAAAUCUGCCUGCUGUGUUCAAACAAAAAAUGUAUCCUCACAUGUAAACAAAAUGAUGAAGUGAAAGAAUUGGAGCAGUUUAUCAUGAAUACUAGAGGUUCCUCGGCUAAAUACCAAGCUUUAGAGUCCUCUAGUCUGAAAUGUUGCAUUGUGGGGAACACCAAGUCUGGCAAGACGGCUGUAGCCUAUCGACUACAGUGUCAGGAGUUCAGGGGGGACUACUCGGCCACUUCCUUUGAUAAUUACUCUGUGACUUCGGUAGUGGAUGGUACGCCAUAUCACCUCAGUUUAUUUGAUACAGCUGGAAACCACGAGAUGGUGCAGCUUCGCUCCCUAUCUUAUGACAAAUCCGAUGUUGUAUUAGUCUGUUUCUCGGUGGUGGAUCCAGUGAUGUUUGUAAAUGUGGAAAAGUUCUGGUUAAAUGAAAUCCGUUCUUAUCUUCCGCGAACCCCUUUCCUUCUUGUUGGAACUCACAUGGACCUAAGAGACCAAACAUCCAGUAUAGCUGGAAGUGGCCUUGUUUCGGACAUUGUAAUUCCCACCACACGUAUUUCGGACAUGGCGUCUCGUAUCGGAGCUGUCGGGUAUGUGGAAUGCUCGUCCAAAACUGGCGAGGGUAUAGACGAUCUAGUGAAGGAAGUAGUGGUGGCAGCCCACUUCCGGCUAAAAGAAAACAAUACUAGUACAUGUUGCUGCUCUGUGAUGUAAACAUUAUUCUGGUAGAGUUUACUGUUGAAUGUAUUGUAUGUCUUUAACACAAUUGUAAAUAAAGUUUUAAUUUAUGUGAACCUAA